GUACUUGCAAGCCUCUUGAGCUCCACUUGUUCUUACCCUAGCUUUAUUAGUACCCCAUUCUUUUCUCUCUGUUGCUGGUAGGAAGGCAAUGGAGGCGUUUUUGGUGAUGCUGUUGACAGAAGAUAGAGAGCACAGAUGGUGACCUGCAAGCUCUUCUGCAUCUCACUCCUUUGUGCUCUCUAUGCUUCUGUCAUCACCUUCAGCCCCUUGCCAUGUCCACAGCACCAGUAAGCAGCUUGCUAAUAAACUGUUCUAUUGCAUUUGUUUCAGCCCCAGAACUUUUAAGGACAGUCAUCAGAGGCUACCAGAAGCUUAUUAAUUCCAGGUUUACGAUGCUCAGAUGAGAUCUGUGAGCACCCAAGUGCUGUGCUUUGGCCGCCUCCUGUUCAAGGUCCCAGGCGUCUUAUAUAGCGAGUAUUACGGUGGCUGAGCGGGUAAAGGUCGAAUAGGAAUAGGUAGAGAAACGUGUCUGUCAUCGCGUGGUCUUGAGAGGCCUUACAACAUGGUCUGAUGGCGGGUCCCGCUUCUCCUCCAUUAGAAGAAGAGAAGGUAAGGAAUUGGGUACCGUCGGAGAGGUAGAGAAAUAUGUCUUUCACUGUGUGGGUUUGCCGUGCUAAUUACGGCUCAAGACGCCUAAGAACGAGGUCCGACCGAGCCGGGUUCGAGCCGCACUCUACCUCCGAUCUAUUAAACCUAAACGUCAUCACGUGUCACAAACCUGCCUAGUGAUUCCAAGGAUUGGUGGGCCCAUGUGGGUCCCCGGCGUUUCUUAUCCAAGAAGGAAAGGUAGCGGAGCGGGUAGGAAAGAGAUCUGGAAAAGGUUUGUUUUAGUUUCGAUCAGCCCUCACCUAAACGAAGAGGAAGGGAGACUGAAGCAUCCCGAGAAGCGCCGACAUCACCCCCAUUUCCGAGCUUGGGCCGACUGUCUCGCUGAAUCGCAGCAAGAAUCCGGAGCAGACACACCACAACAGGGUAGCAUGGUAACCUGUAUUGAAGCUGAUGCAGCAGAAGACAAAGGUUCGAGGCACACAAUGGAGGAUGCUUCGGUAGUCCUUUUAGAUGCAAGCUUGGAAUCUCCUGGAAAAUUGAGAUGUGCACAUUUUGCAGUUUAUGAUGGGCAUGGUGGUUGCUUGGCUGCUGAAUAUGCACAGAGGCAUUUACAUGCAAAUGUUCUUGCAGCAGGGUUACCACGUGAGUUGAUGGAUAUCAAGGCAGCCAAAAAGGCUAUCUUUGAAGGUUUUCGGAGGACUGACGAAUCGUUACUUCAAGAAAGUGCUAAAGGGAACUGGCAAGAUGGUGCAACUGCUGUUUGUGUUUGGGUUUUGGGGGAAAUGGUGUUAGUUGCUAAUAUUGGAGAUGCUAAAGCUGUAUUAGCACGUUCACCUAGUGUGGAAGGGUCACAAACUCUUUCAGAUGAAAGAGGAUCUCCAUUGAAAGCUAUCGUUGUGACGAGGGAACACAAAGCUAUCUAUCCACAAGAACGUGCCCGCAUCCAAAAGACUGGAGGUUCUGUGGGUUCAAAUGGACGAUUGCAGGGACGGUUAGAGGUUUCUAGAGCAUUUGGGGAUCGCCAAUUUAAAAAGUUUGGAGUUAUUUCAUCCCCUGAUGUUCAUUCUUUUGAGCUUACAGAAAGAGAGCACUUCAUGAUCCUUGGUUGUGAUGGCUUGUGGGGGGUUUUUGGGCCUAGUGAUGCUGUUGAUUUCGUUCAAAAGCAGUUAAAGGAGACAUCAUCUGCUACUACUGCAGCCCGUCGCCUCGUGAGGGAAGCCAUUCGUGAAAGACGCUGCAAGGAUAACUGCACGGCCAUAGUCAUCAUGUUCAAGCAUGAGCGUCAUUCAUGAAUACAUACAUCCAUUUGAUGGCUGAAUAUUGUGAACACUCCCCAUUGUACUGUUCAUUUUUUAUGUUCUUGUCCUGGGGAUUUGUAGCCUUCAUGAGGCUCUAUAGUGGCAUGCACUGUGUCUGAGCUAUCACAUGCCCUCCUGUAUUCCAGAAUGAUAGUUGGAAAAUUGAUAUACCCAAAAUCAGAAUGUAUUACCUCAA